AUGUCUUCUGCAAAAUCUCAUCUUCUUUCACCUAUCAAGAACUUCAUCCAUGCUGAUUUCCAUGGAGUCUUUCAAAGAAUGACACUGACAGACAAAGUUCUCUUCCUGAACGUUCACGGCGUUGACAAGUCAGGCAUCGGGUGGCACCGUCUGCCGGUUUUCUUGGGACUGUCGUACUUGGCUAUACGCCGGCGUCUUCAUGACAAGUAUAGUUUACUCAACGUUGGGAAGACUCCUGUCGGUGUUCGGUUCAAUGCUGCUGACUUUCCGUUCAGAACAGCCGAUGGAAAGUUCACUGAUCCUUUCAAUGAAGGUGCCGGUGGUGAAGGAAGUUUUUUUGGCCGGAACAUGCCUCCUGUUGAUCAGAAAGAUAAGCUAUUAAAGCCAGACCCCAUGGUGGUGGCUACAAAACUUCUAGCACGUAAGCAGUUUAUAGAUAGUGGAAAACAAUUCAACAUGAUUGCUGCUUCAUGGAUUCAGUUCAUGAUUCAUGAUUGGAUUAACCACCUUGAGUCAACACAACAGAUCGAACUUAAUGCACCUAGAGAAGUAGUUGGUCAAUGCCCUCUAAAAUCCUUCAAAUUCUACAAGACGAAAGAAUUUGAUACUGGUCUCAGUGAUAUCAAGAAAGGUCAUCAUAACACCAGAACUCCUUGGUGGGACGGGAGUGUAAUAUAUGGAAACAAUUUGAGAGAAUUGUGGCAAGUGAGAACAUUCAAAGAUGGGAAGCUCAAGAUAGCAAAAGAUGGUCUCCUCCAACAUGACAACAAUGGAUUGCCCAUAGCAGGUGAUAUUCGUAACAACUGGAUUGGUGUUUCUACUUUGCAAGCCCUUUUUAUCCAAGAACACAAUGCCAUUUGUGACACGUUAAAGAAAGAAUAUUGUGAUUUGGAUGAUGAACAUUUGUAUCGCCACGCAAGACUAGUGACUUCUGCAGUGAUUGCCAAGAUCCACACCAUUGAUUGGACUAUUGAACUUCUGAAAACGGACACGCUUGCUGCCGCAAUGAGAAUUAAUUGGCAUGGCAUGUUGGGGAAGAGAUUCAAGGAGACAGUUGGGCAUGUUGGAGGAGCUGUGUUGGGAGGUCUUGUAGGGUUAAAGAAACCUAAUAACCAUGGGGUACCCUACUCAUUAACGGAAGAGUUUACAAGUGUUUACAGAAUGCAUUCGCUUUUACCUGAUCAGCUUUUCAUUAGGGAUGUGAGUUCAAAGCCAGGACCUAAUAAGUCUCCAAGAUUGAGCAAAAAGGUUGACAUGAUAAAUUUAAUUGGGAAGAACGGAGAGAAGGAAUUGUCAAAAAUUGGAUUCAUAACACAAAUGGUAUCAAUGGGUCAUCAAGCAUGCGGUGCACUUGAGCUAUGGAAUUAUCCGAUGUGGCUUAGGGAUAUUGUUCCCCAAAACAUCGAUGGCACAGAUCGGGUCAAUCAUGUUGACUUACCCUCACUCGAGAUUUAUAGGGACAGGGAACGGAAUGUAGCAAGAUACAAUGAGUUCCGUAGAUCACUUAUGUUGAUCCCCAUCUCCAAAUGGGAAGAUCUAACGGAUGAUAUAGAAGCAAUUGCCACAUUGCGUGAAGUAUACAAUGAUGACAUUGAACAAGUGGAUCUGUUGGUAGGAAUGGCCGCUGAGAAAAAAAUCAAGGGAUUCGCCAUAAGCGAAACAGCCUUUGUAAUAUUCAUAAUCAUGGCAUCAAGGAGACUUGAGGCAGACCGAUUUUUCACUAGUGAUUACAAUGAAGAGGUGUAUACAAAAAAAGGGCUUGAAUGGGUCAACACAACAGAGAGUUUAAAAGAUGUGCUGAAUCGACAUUAUCCAGAGAUGACUGAUACUUGGAUGAACUCAACAAGUGCUUUUUCAGUAUGGGAUGCUUCACCAGAGCCUCGUAAUCAUGUACCCUUGUAUUUCCGUGUUCCUAAGUAA